CGGAGCGCUACAUUGAGUGGCAAGUCCCUGCGAAAUAGUUCCGGGUGUAGGCCGAGCCUGGAGCUGACACGGACCGGGACUGGGAACGGGUGUGGGAGCGGGAGUAAGACUGCCAGCGGCCAACACCCCAGCUCUGGCAGCGGGGUGCCAUUCUCAGGGAAGCGAGUCGCAGAGGGCAAUCCCUCAGGAUCGAAGAUGACUUGCUUCCACUUCAGUUCUUUGGGUCCUCGGGUGGCUGAUGACAGUAUGGGAUUUGCAGUCUCUGGCACAGAAUAAAACAACUUUCUGUUUGCGGUGAAUUGAGAGUCUGGGAAUUAUCUGCAGUGUGGCUUCUUUGUUGAGAGAGGAAGAUCUGACCGUGUGGAUUACAAAUUAAUUUGGGAGCUGGUGAAGAAGACAUUCAGCACAAUGACGUCAGAGCUGGAGAGCAGCCUGACGUCCAUGGAUUGGCUGCCACAGCUGACAAUGAGGGCAGCCAUUCAGAAAGCUGAUGCUGCUCAGAAUGUGGCUGGUGGCGGGGUUACAAAGAAGACCUCCCUUCUGGAUCCAAACACUACUCUGGACCAGGAUGCUCAGAACAAAGAUGGCAAACCACCAUACAGUUAUGCCAGUCUCAUUACCUUUGCUAUUAACAGCUCCCCAAAAAAGAAGAUGACACUUAGUGAGAUCUAUCAGUGGAUCUGUGACAACUUUCCCUAUUACAGAGAAGCUGGCAGUGGUUGGAAGAAUUCCAUUAGACACAACUUAUCAUUAAAUAAAUGUUUUCUGAAAGUGCCUCGGUCCAAAGAUGAUCCAGGCAAGGGUUCAUACUGGGCUAUUGACACUAAUCCAAAGGAGGACACACUGCCUACUCGGCCAAAAAAGAGGCCGCGAUCAGGAGAAAGGGCAUCAACACCCUACAAUUUGGACUCAGAGCCGUUAGGAAUGGACUGCAUCAUUUCUGGAAGUGCCUCUCCAACCAUGGCAAUCAACACUGUGACUAACAAAGUAACACUAUAUAAUACGGAUCAAGAUGGAAGUGAUAGUCCUCGCAGCAGCCUUAACAACAGCCUGUCUGACACGAGUUUAGCGUCUGUCAACCUGAAUAAUGUCGGCUCUGUCCACAAUUAUGCACAGGUGACAACUCGAGCAGAUUCAGUCCCCCAGAGCCUAACACCACAACAGCAGCAGCAGCAGCAACAACAGCAACAGCAGCAGCAACAACAGUACAGUAUGCCCGAGAGGGACACUAAACCACCCUUCUCAGAAUACAACUUUGAAGAUCUGAGUGCCUCCUUCCGAAGCCUUUACAAAUCAGUCUUUGAGCAGUCUCUCAGCCAGCAGGGGAUGAUCAACCUGCCUUCGGAGACUUCACAGCCAACCCAUACAUCAUGUUCCUACCAGCAUUCUCCCAACAGUACUGUUAGCACCCAUCCGCACAGUGGACAGAACAGCCUGUCCAACAGCCAUGCAAGCAGCCUUGGAGGUGGUGGGGGAGGGCCUCAAGUACAAUUGCCGCAACAUCAGAUCCACCCACAACACGCUCAUCACCAACACCAUCAGCACCAACACCCACAGCAUCAGUCAAACCAGCAACAUCAUCAGCAGCAGCAGCAGCACCACCACCACCAUCAACAGCAACAGCACAUGGCCUGUAAUAUCGGCAUUCCUUCUGAUUGGUGCAUGAAUCUGGACACUCUGAAGGAGAGUUUCCGUAUUGCUAGCAGUUUCAACUGGUCUGAUGUGGAUCUUUCCCAGUUCCAAGGUCUGAUGGAGAGUAUGAAACAGGCGGAUCUCAAUAACUGGUCACUCGAUCCUGUUCAGUUUGCGGACUUGUGCUCUUCCCUAAACCAGUUCUUCACACAAACUGGUCUGAUCCAGUCACAAGGGAACAUGCAGCCCUCCGUUUGUCACAGCACAAUGCAUACGCAGAAACCAAACCAGCACAUCAGUACAGGAAGCUUGUACAUUGACUCCAGACAAAACCUUCCUGCUUCAAUGAUGGGGCCCCCUGGGUACCCCCAUCUCCCACCUCUCAGUACCCCAGGACCAGCCAUGACAGGGCACCAUGCAGGAAUGAACCAGCAACACAUGAUGUCGCCUUCCAGCUUUCCAAUGCACAGACCGAUGUCUCAACAUCACAACCCUCCAGACGAUAUCCAGGAUGAUUUUGACUGGGAUUCCAUUGUCUAAUUUGCCUGUCAAUGUGACUCGGAUGUUCUUUUAGCUUCUUGCUUAUUUGUGUCGGCCAUUGCUGGCCACAAUCGCUGGACUGCUGCCUGGACAUGGCCCCACCACCACUCUGCAAGAGAGCUGUACUUUUUUUUGAGGGGGGUGGGUGGGGAAUAUGCCCUCAGCUUGCAGUCACUACCGAAAUGUGGAGAUAGCUGUUGGCCCCUCAGCGGUGGAGCAGCGGUAACAAGCAAUGAAGCUUUUUCUGACUCUGAACAGAUUUUUUUUUUCAUUUUUUUAAAUCAAAGGGGUGUGUUAAGGGUUGGUAUCUGAGCACUGCUCAUGUGAAUGAUGUGGCUUGGAUGUGAUCUAAGGUUCUGGAAGGAUGGUACAUUCAGUGCAGAGAUUCUCUCCUGUGUGUGGUUUUAUUUGGAGGAAGAAAUGCACACGGAUAGGGGAUCAGAAAGCUGGCUUCUGGAUGGUUUCUCCAAGAAGAAGCCAAGGGUGCUGUCAGUAGUUGGGAGGGGAAUAUUUUACAAAAUGAGUUUCUUUUAAGAGAAUUUUGACUAAAUAUGGUGCUGCAGAAAAACCUCUCAAUUUUCUGUUGAAAAUCCAGUUGCUGUACCAGGAUUAGUAUUGAAGAAAAUACUAGGGUAACUGGGGAAAGUGUUCUAACGCUCCAAAGAUUGCCUUGCUUUGGCUUGCAUUAUCUUUGAAUCUUCAGCUUUUGUGCAUACAACACCAGCUUUCCAAGUCUGAACUGUUGGGAUUCUCCCCAGAGAUCCCACCUGGAUGCUUAUUAAUGAGGCUACUACAUCUCACCAGAAAGGUAGCACAAAAUUCAGGUUUUCAAGUACCAUGUGCCAAGUGUUGAUGUGGUUUUUGUUGGCAUCCCAGUGAUAAAUGUAGUUUUGUGAUGGCAAAGGAGUCUGUCCCUCUCUUUGACUGGUAGUGGCUAUAAUCCAAUGAAGUAUCCUGAGAUGAAUGUUCAGCAACUUCUGGUGAAUUUGUGUCUCCAAGUCGCACAUAGUAAAAUAUAAAGGAGUGAAGCACAGAUUACAGAAUACAUGCACGGUGCAAUCUUAUAAAAUGUUAACCAUCCCUUUUGCUUUACCAAAAGUUAUAUGAUCAUAGUAAUAGCUAAACUGGUUACUGCCUUCCUCUUUCCUCUGGCCAAGGUGGAAAAGGCUGCAGUGCAUUGCAUCCUGUCGAGGGAUGCUGCAGGGGAAGUAUAUUAACCGAUAAUGCAUUUGUCAGCUUUGCAUGUUCAGUGGUGGGGAAAUGAGAAUUUCAUUAUAGGAACCCCAUUCUGCUUUUAAUACUUGUGUUGCAUCCUUUUUCACUUUUUUUUUUGAUUUUAAUGAAUUGGAGCUUCUAUAUAUGCACUUUCUGGGGCUGUGCCUACUUGAUUAUUUCCAUCCCCUUUUUAAAAAAAAGAAUCAUUACACCAUCAAGUAGUGCUUUCAGACUUCAAUACUGAUAUAUGGAUGCAUAGCCUUUUUUGUUUUACACUUUAAAUUGUGAUUCAAGUCAAAUCCAUGCCUGUCUUAAGAUUGGGGCAGUAAGAACUUAGUAAUAACUUAUUGAAUGAGUGUUUCCUAGCUGAACAUUUGUUCUUGCUAGUGCAUGGUUUUCUUUUGCUUUCCAGCUUCUUAUUUUUUUUGUUUGUUUCAUUUAAUGCCCUCUAUUGAGCCAGUGAUUAAGUGUGUUUUAUUAUGUUACAUUUUGUAAACAUGGUGAUCCAGGAGUAAAAGAUGUCAAAAUAGACCAGGCACACUAUUGCCCUAAGUUUGUCACCAGAGGCUGCUGGGAAAUUAUGGCUAUUUAAUGGCAGAGUUUACCUACUGCACAAACUUGAUUUACUGAUUUUUUUAAAGGUAUAUUAGACUUGAGAGUUGGUAGUUCAUGAUACCAGUACAGUGAUUUUGCUCACUGGAGCAUUAAACUUGGUCGUUUUCUGGCCUGAUUCAAGACGAGGAAUGGCAUGAAUCCUGAUGUGUACCACUGAGCAGGGAUUUGACUUGGGUCAUUAAUUCUAUCUAUAAAUUUUUUUCCUCUUUAGAAGUGCUGUGAUUCCCUGGAAGUCGUGUUGCAAAAAAAAACUUCAAAGCAUUUUGUGAUCAAUAAUCAAAACACCAUUUUACUUGAAUUUUCCCACUCAAGUUAAACAGUGUAAUUACUUCUGCACAAGUCAAGUGAGCUGCACAAGUGCUUUUUUUUUUAGUUAUACUAGUUGCAAUUUCUGCAAUCUUAAGCUCUUCAUUUGAAAUAAUUUUACUUUUUAUCUGACACUUUUGGAAAGCUCUGACUCACAUUGUGAGCAAUGCAGGUUAAUUCUCUCAGCAAAUCUUUUAGUUCUUCCUUCAAUUUCACCGGUAUUUGCCUGAUAGUUUUCACCUUUAUUCUUAUAAUCCUGUUCCAGUGGCAAAAUGGUGGGAUUCGGGGGUGAUUUUUGGGGGGAUGGGGUCCUGUUGAAGAGAGAAGCAUUAACAUAUAACUCAAAAAGUUUGGCUAUGAGAUUUUUAUUUCUUAAUUGUUAUCUGCUCUGGAGGCUCACUGUUGUACUCUUUGGCAUUUGGAAGUAGAAGUAUAACCUGCUUUAAUUCAGUCAAGGAAAACUUAAACUACUUCAGUGCAAUUAACAAGAGCUUAUUGUUUAUAGAAUUCUAGCACGUCAAGGUUUGUGUGUCAUUACUAUAUAAUCAGGAUUUAGCAGUUAUUGCUGAAAUGUUUUGUCUUCUCUCACAUGACUACUGAAUAAGCAGAAGGAAAAGGGGAAACUCAAAUAUUAGGAAAUGUGCAGCAUUUGAAGAGAAAAGUAGGUUAAUGCUCCAUUUGUGAACCCUCACUAAUUUUUUGAUCAAGCAAUGUUAUUCUCAUGGAAGGUCUCACUUAACCUCUCUUUUUGUUUCAUGUGGGCCUUCACAAUCAGUUGAAGCAUUUUCUGCUUUUUAACUUUUAUAUUGGUACCUAAUGAAGUAAACCCAAGUAGAUUAUUAGUUGGAGAUGUGAAAUAAAUACAUUUCCUUAAGCACAAACAGUGCUCACUUGAUUCUCUUGAGUCGUGUGGCUGACCUCUUCAGCUGAAAUUGCGAUUUUUAUGAAAGCACAGUUUCACUGCCACAAGAAGCCCUCUGGUACCCUCUGUAAUUGGACCCUGCAGCUGAGACACGGAUAACUGGCAGUUGUAAUUGCUGUGGGUCGCCAUUAUAUUCUCCCUCAACGUCUUCACAUAGUGGUACACUACUGGAUAGUGAACAGGAGCAGAAACCCUAGAAUUUUUUUUCAGGCCCUCCCUCCUCUUACCACCACACAUACACAUCAUUUGCGAUCCUCACAGAGAUCAGCAAAAACUAGAGGUGAGUUGGUUUGGAGGCAGGGUGGUGGCAGAAUUGUAUAGUAUUAAAACUGGCCAUUUAUUAAGCACAACUACAGCAAAAUAUCCAUAAAAAUGUGCAUUUAAGCCCAGUUAGCAUUUAGCACUUUAGCUUCAGGGUAAGGAUACUAAGUUUGCAGUAAGGAAUUAAAACAAAAAAAGAAUAUUUAACUAAAUGGUAUAAGCCUGCUGUGCAAUGGCAAGGUAUACUGAAGUGGAGGAGUCAGCUGGUGCACUUUGUAUUUAAAGUUAAUGAAAGUUUUGGGAGGAGGAAAAAGAUUGAUGUUGAAUUUUGUAUUGCAAACAUCAAUAAUUUUUUCUCCAGUUUUGCUAAUAAAUAAGCUAAAUUUGAGGUAUAGAUCUAUUACAUAAAGUCUGGAUCCAAUCCUUUCUGCUGCUUGAUUUUGUUCCUAAUAUUGUCAAGUUUCAGCUACUAUAGUAAUUAUUUUUCUUUACCAUAAUACUUUUCUGGAAAUCUCCUUGUGCUGUAAACUUACUGCUGUGCUUUGACAGAUUGAAUAGGACUAGAGUUUGAAUUGCAACUACAAAAAAGUUUUUUUUUAAGAAUAGCAGUCAAACAAAAUCUUUUGCCAAAGAUUCCAAGCUAUGUCCUAAUUUGUAAAUAAAUCAAACUGGAGAUUUGUGUAACUUUUUACAGAAUUUAAUAAUUAAAAUUGUAUUUGAUCAGCCAAAACUGAAGUUUUUAUAAUAGUGCAAUCUAGCUACUCAAAAUACAAUGCAGGGGAAAGCAAUGCCACCAGCUGGCGACAAGAUGUAUGCCACAGUUCCUUUGCAGGAAAGUAGAUGUUAAAUUCAGCCCUAAUAAUGAGACACUUUCUUAAUUGUCGAGAUCUUAACCCCUACAUAAGAUAUUUCACUAUUUUAUAUGAAAUGUUAAUCAGAAAUUUGACUUUUAAGAUUUUGCAUUUAGAUCUUGAUGACAGGGCAGGUACAAGUCAGAUUUAAAUUUUUUUUGUUCCACUUUUAUGAAAUUUUAGCCCAUUAAAAUAAGGCCCAGUUUGCAGUGUAAGUGCCUGCUUAAAGUUAGUUGUUCAGAGUAUGUAGCUACAAUUCUGAAAAAGUUGCUUAUGCUUGUAUCUGUGAUUGGUUCCUAAUAUUGUCAAUUUACUGCUACUCUCAUUAUACUUAUUAAAGUAAGUACUUUACAGCACGAGGAGAUUAACAGAAGAGUUACCGCUGUGCUUUGACAAAUUGAGUAGAAAUCAAUUCUCAAAAAUAAUGUUGGUCAGAGUCACCUUGCCUGCUUCCAGAUCGUAGCAGGAUGUUUUUUGGGUCUUGACUGACAUUGGGUGAGGUGAUUUUAUAUUUGGAUGGAUAGAAUUGUGAAGAUAUUUUUUCAACUGCUCUUUCUCUCUGAAACCGAGAUUAGUAAAAUUUCCAGGAUGAAUUAGUUUACAUGGAUUAAAAAUUUCCUCAGCGAUACACUUAUGCUACUUUGAAGAAAUCUGCUUGGCACUGAAACUAAUUAAUGAUUAGUUUCUCAGGGGGAUUUUGAAGAAUUAAUUGGUAUUGGUUCCCUCUCUUUACUGUUACUUUGCAAAUAUAAAUCUUAACUGCAAAAAUUUCCAUUCUCUUGUGCAUAGCUAAAGCAAUUUGUUUCUUAUUUUCCUUUCUGCCCUGCAGCUGUUUAUCUCUGCACUGCCUUCUACACUCUUGAUCAACUCUUCUCUCCCCUUUCUAUGGUUCCAUUUUGUAAUUAAUCAGCUUUGUAGCUUCUGAAGGCAUAGAUUUUAUGAAAGAAAUUUUGACACUUUUAGUAAAUUUCUGAAUGUCAAGUCUAUAUAUGUAUUAAUAAAAUAGAGUAGAGCUAAUGUAAACUCACCUAACUCCACAAUACAAGUAACAUUGGAAAAAUGCUACCGCGUCUUGCUCCUGAGCUCCCUGAUUCCUGCAUAUUAAAACAAUUUUUUAAAGAAAUUACUUUUUUAUUGUAGGAGCUGCCAAUUGUCUGGGCAAAUUAUUUCAAUUAAUCUUGUUUAGAUUUUAGAUUAAAUUAUAGAAUUAACUAUGAGAAGCUUCAACAGCUUAUUUCUGAGAGGGAUUGGUGUGCUGAAUAGCUUUUUUUUCCUUCCUGUAACAGCAUUUAUCUUCACAUCUAUCACUCAAAACCUGCAGUGUAAAGCAGGCAUGGGCUUUGACUCACUGGAUGUGCUUUGCCUGCUUUUGGGAGGCAAGAGAUAACAUCAGACAUUGGGUAGUGCCUGAAAUCUAAUUUUAAGAGUCAUGCCAUUGGCUGGAUCCCAUUGUUUACAAAUGUUGGCAUACUUUAAAACCCCAGUUAGUUUGUGUCAUUUUAAAUGGAUUUACAUUAAAAUGACCAAUAUGUUGUGAAUGUUUUUUUAAAAUAUAUAUAUAUUUUUUGAAGUUUAGCUUUUAUGAGGAAGAUGCCAGCUUAACCUGAAUACUGUUGGAUUGUUUAGAACAUCCACUAUUUUUAAAAAAAAAGUAAGUUGUAGAAGUAUUCAAGAUCUAUUAGUUCAAAAGUCAGUGCAAGAAAGUACUGAUCAGUCCCUCGAUCAGUGUGCUUGAGUUACAAAGUAAAGGGCUAAAUAAACCCUCUCUACACACAGUUUAGAUCCCCAUGGAAAUUAAUCAGUUUGUUUUGCAGUCUGCACUGUUAAGAAAUUUUUUAUGCAUGUAGUGUUGCGUUCUUGCUGUUUUAAAAGAGAAUAAAAUGCAAAUAGUUUCAAAAAUAUAUUUACGGAAUAAUCUAAGUAGCAGAAGGCAGCAGCACAUCAGAAAUUUUAAUGCUGCUCUAUUUGACAGGUCUGCCAUAAAGGGCAGCCUACUUUGUAAUACAGUAUGUAGGAUUAUAAAUAUUACUGACCACCUUUAAAAGGUGGAUUCUAUUUUUAAUAAAACAUUAAUAAUCACAAAAUUGAUACAGAUAUAUAAUAUGUAGGUUAGCCUAUACCCUUUUAAAGAAAACGUUUAAUUGACUGUCAUUGUAGAUUGAGGCUUCCCUUGAUAAGGAGUGGGGGAGGGGGGAAUGCUCCACUACAGUUAGGGGACAGCAAUUAUGUCAAAAGCAAAGACAUGGGCUUGUUUAUCUAGUAAAAAGUUUCUGGGUCCUGUCACUUGGCCUUGCUUGUCUUUGUUGGGUGAUUGCAGCCAUUCCUCAGGCAACUGGUGGUUUGAUGAUUAAUGAGGGCAGGAGGGAGGGAGAAUGAAGGAAAACAAAAACCUUUUGUGUUUGAUUUCAGGCCACAACAGAGUAAUUGGCAAGGUAAAUAAGCCCUUGAGGAAAGCAAGAGGGAGAAACCAAAUUGAAAUACAAUAACUAUUCUCAGACUGAGCAUUGCUAAAGGUAUACGACUUGGGAGAGCCAAUCUAUAUGAAAGCCAUCUUCAAAAAAAAUUCUUGAAUGCAGGAGUGGAGAGGGAGACUCCAAAUGUUCACUUUCACAGAAGAAUGAAGUAAAUUUUAAAAGAAAGUGUGAUAAUUACCAUUAACAGUUGGCAGAAUCACUACAUUAGUGACUGCUGCUGUUGGAGCACAACUUCAACUCGUAUAAGUGGCGGGGGGCACUUGUGGAGGGAAAGUGUAGUUGGUAAAGGAAUGUUUGCUGUGUGAAUUCAAAAUUAGAUUAUUCAUUUACAGUGCUAUGGAUAAAACCAGGGAUCUUACUCUUCAAGUAAGGCAACCCCUAUUUUUGUAUUCCCUACUUUCUGAAUGUUGAAACAUUCAAAAGGUAUUAGCAAGGUUGGAUUCCUCUGUUCCAAAAAUCCUGAUGAAUAAUUUUCAUUUGUAUUCUUUUGACCUGUUGUACAUUUAAAUGAGAGAGAAAAAAUGUCCCUAGCACCUCUAUAGUUGAAAAUGCAUAUUCAGAGUUUGAAAUCAACUUUGUUCACAGUGUGCUGGAACCCAGCAGUGGUAGCUGUUGUGACGACAGAGGGUCAUAAUCCCUCUGAGGAUUUUUUUUCUUUUUUGACUGUUGUAAAUGUAUUUUUUGUUAAUUCAUGACUGCCUCUAGCAGCAUGGACAGAUUCCUUGCAGGCACCAAAUAUUUUUAAAAAAUCAAUUGGAAUUUGAAUUUCCUGAUAAUUACUCAUUGAAGUCUCGGACAGAUACUAUUUUCUUCAUGAGGUUUUGUUGGAACAGGAGUCUGAACCUCUUUGGAGUUGGCUUAUCUUCACUUGUAUGCACUGCCAUUGUCUUAUGUGAAAGCUCCCUAUGUAUUUGCAGUAAAGAGGAAAAGAGGAUACUUUGGCAGUUUUUGAAUAUGGGCUACAAGCAGGAGGAAAAUCAACGUUUUUCCAGCAUAACAAAAGCAAUGUUGGCUUUUGUGGCACAUUAAAAAAAAUGAAUAAAAAAGUGUUGUGGUGUUCAUGUGCUUAAUUGUAAAUAUAUUUGUCUUUGAAAUUGUCCUUUUAUUUUUUGGGGUGGGAAGGGGGAAAUGGCAGAGACCAGGGUUUUAUUCUAUAAAGGAAUACAGAGUAUUUUGAUAUUGUGCAUUCCAAGGGUGAUGUGUACAUAUAUAUGAUGUAUAUAAUGAUGAAAUCAUUAUCAUUUUGUGCAGCACCAGCUCUUCUCUGUACUGCUGUUCUACAGUCAGUGUUCCAGUGUUUGUAUUUUUUUUGUUACUGCACGUUUUAUUAAUCCUAGCUGAAAGAGAAAUGCACAACUAUCCUUUGUAUCAGUUUACUGCUGUAAAAUACUACCAAAUGUCAUUAGUUGUUGCUGCCAGUCGUGAUAUGCAUGGAUGGCACUUAUAAUAAAUGCUAUAGCUUCA